UUCAGGAAGUUUUUAGUAGGAAGAAAUCAUUUGAUAAGUUUUAGUAGUUUUAAAAAAUCUAACCGAGACGGUUGGGAAUGUCUAAACUCAAGGAUGUUCCGAUGAAUCAAUUCAUUGUUCAUUGGGGUUCUACGUGAAUCUAGGAGAACGAACCUACUUAAACAUAAUAAAAUCAUAAAACUUCUUUGGUGACUGUCGGCUGAAAAUAAAUACAAAGAAUCAUGGAAUAUCCGAACUCCGGAGGGACGAAGGGUCCUCAUUAAAAACAGAUGGUGUUCAAAAUUCAGUUGAAAAUAUAUCAAUUACCAUUAUCUCUCAUUUGGUAUUCUGUUUAGUGAAAAACAAUUGUUGUAACUGGAAUUUCAUUGACAAAUUUGUGUGGCUGAAUAUUUCAGAUUUGAAUAUAUUCAUUUCAUAUAAGAAAAUCGUUUUUUUGAUGACAUUUAUUUUAUAGAGAAUUUUUACGAAGAUAUAUCUCUGUAUUUCCAAUCAAUUCAAUUAUUUAGAUUCAUAUUAUUUUAUAUGUGGUUAUGGGAGCAAAUGUUCAAUUGUUAAUUUUUUAAUUUUUUGCAAGUUCAUUGUACAAUCUUAUGUACAUAUUAGAAUUAUAAGAUGGAUGUUUUUCCGUCACCGACAGUCUGUGAAUAGGAUAAUGCAGGUUGUCUGAUCUUGCCUAAUAAUUAAUUAAUUAUUCAUUUACCGUUUUGUUUAAAUAAGAAAUAUAUUACUUAUUCGAUAUAUUGCUUGUUUAUUCAUCCUUGUCCACAAAUUAUCAUAUUCUCGCAAAAAUUUCCUUUAUUUCGAAUGUGUACGAUAAAAAUCAGUGGGAUACGAUAAUAUGUACGAUAAUGUACGAUAAUUUUGAACACGCGGUACGAUAUUUUCGGCUUGUCCGCCUGGCAACGCUGGGCGUACGUGCCAUUUUCAGUGUUCGCCAUGGCUUGGCUCGGUGAGCAUCGGUCGUUUGUUGUGGAGGAGUUUAUAAAAAAUGGCGGUUCUGUGAUUUCUACUCAACGAGCGUUUCGGAUUCGAUUCGAACUUGGCCGACGUGAUAGUGUUCCUGAUGCGAAAACGAUUAGACUGUGGGUGUCAAACUUUAGACAAACAGGGUCAGCAGUUAAAAGAAAACCAACUGGCCGACCUCGUACUGCAAUAACACCGGAGAAUGUGGCGCGAGUGAGAACAUCCAUCCAACAGUCUCCAAAGCGUUCAGCGGUUAAACAUGCAGCUGCCCUGGGAUUGUCAGAAAGGAGUGUAAGGAGAAUUCUGCAUAAAGAACUUCAUCUGCAUCCCUACAAAAUAUUGGUUGCACAAAGGUUGUCUGAAGAAGAUUAUGCAACUCGCACGGCUGCAUGUGAUGACAUUUUGCAAAACAUUGCCCCAGAUGCUGUCUUCAUUUCUUCUGAUGAAGCCCACCACUUCCACUUAUGUGGAACUGUUAACAAACAGAAUUUACGCUACUGGGCUACAGAAAAUCCUAGGGAACUGCACCAACAACCACUACACAGCCCAAAAGUCACAGUUUGGUGCGCAGUUGCGGAAUUUGGUGUGUGUGGACCGUACUUUUUUGAAGAAGAUGGACAAACAGUAACGGUCAAUACCGAUCGCUAUUGUCACAUGAUAGAGACAUUUCUCCGACCCAAGAUAAACCAGUUUGUUUUAGACCAUCAGGAAGAAGAAGUUUGGUUCCAACAGGACGGAGCCACAGCUCACACUGCUCGGCGGUCCAUGGAAAUGUUAAGAGAGUUGUUCCCUGGACGUCUUGUUUCUUUAAGAGGAGACAUUUGCUGGCCCCCAAGGUCACCCGACUUAUCACCUUGUGAUUUCUUUCUGUGGGGGUACCUAAAGGCUGAAGUGUACAAACAUCGUCCCAGAACUCUGCAAGAACUAAAAGAUGCCAUUAGGCAGGAAGUGGCAUUCCAAGGGAAGUUACACGAAGAACUAUGGACAACUUCAGGGAAAGACUUCGUGAAUGUCUUAACAAUGGGGGACAUCAUUUAUCAGACAUAAUUUUCAAAACCAAGUAAAGUGUACUAAGUGAUGUAAAAUGGCAUCAUAUAGGCUAUUCACAAAUAUAAGUAAUUGUUCUAUAUGUUUCUUAUUCUUUUUGCAAAUGCCUAUUGAAAUCAGGGAGGUUUUUUUGCCGGACCCUGUAU